AUGGAAAGGAUACAGAAAAACAGAUCCAAAUGGAGAGAAGCUAAUCUAGAAGAAUCUUGGGGAUCUUUGUCGUUUUUCAAUAGGUCACAAAGAGGUCGUAUAUCUAUGGAUAUGGCAGAUGAUGCAUUAGAUGAAUACUUACCAUCCAGUAGAAAACCAUUAGUAAAAGAAGAAACUAUAGAAGAAGAAUAUAUUAUUAAUGAUAAUAAUGAAGAUAAUUUUACUAUACCAGAGUUACCUUAUGGUCGUCAACUAACAAUAGAUAUUAAAACAACCUGGGGUGAUCAUCAUUAUGUAGGUUUAACAGGUGUUGAAGUUUUCUCCAGUAUGGGUGAACAGGUUCAGAUAACAAAGGUGACAGCUGAUCCAUUAGAUAUUAACAUUCUACCAGAAUAUAGUAAAGAUCCUAGAGUUGUCAAUAAUAUUAUAGAUGGUUGUAAUAGAACUAGAGAUGAUGUUCAUAUGUGGUUGACACCAUUUACAGCUGGUUCACAUCAUUAUGUUUACUUGACAUUGUGUAAACCAUGUCAGAUAGCUAUGAUCAGAGUGUGGAAUUAUAAUAAAUCAAGAAUACAUUCUUAUCGUGGUGCUAGAGAAGUUACUAUAAAAUUAGAUAAAAAUAUUAUAUUUAUUGGUGAGAUAGCUAGAGCUUGUGGUGGUAUAGAGGGUGGUACAGAAUCAUUUGGUGAUACGAUAUUAUUUACUACUGAUGAAGAUAUAUUAGAAGAAGUAAGUAAGAAUGAUGAAGCGUUUGAAGGUGAACUAUUAUGCGAGGCAGAAGAUGAACAUGUACCAUAUGAACGACCUAGUACUGCUGAUGAAAGUGAGGAUAGACCACUUACAAGAGCUGUAGGUGUUAUACCAAAAGAUAGCCAACUCAGACCAGAAACCAGUUUUGUUACAACUAUAAAUAAUGUUACAGCUUAUAAAACUAAAAAUUUGGAAUUAAACUUUACAGAUACGUGGGGUGAUCCUCACUAUUUAGGUUUAACUGCUCUAGAAGUUGUAGGUAGAGAUGGUGAAUCAAUACCUAUAAAAUUAUCUAUGUUAACAGCUAAUCCUAGAGAUGUAAGAGUUUUACCUGGACAUGAUCAUGAUGCUAGAACUCUUGAUAAAUUAAUAGAUGGUACCACAUUAACAGUAGCAGAUGAACAUAUGUGGCUGGUACCAUUUGUAGAAAAUAAAAAUCACCUAUUAACUAUAACAUUCCCUGAAAAAGUGCUAGUAACUGGAUUACGUAUCUGGAACUAUAAUAAAAGUCGUGAAGACACAUAUCGUGGUGCUAAAAUUGUUCAUGUUAAAAUUGAUGGAAGACAGAUAUCACCUUCUACAGGUUAUUUAAUAAGAAAAGGUCCUGGAAGCUGCCAUUUUGAUUUUGCUCAAGAAAUAAUUUUUAAAUGUAACAAUAAUAAUAAUAAUGAGAAAGGAUUUUCACCAGUAAAUCAUGCUGGAGGUGUUGAAACUAGUCAUGAUUAUGAAGCUGUACAGAUGCCUUGUGGCUUUAUAUACCAAUUUCAACUAUUUACUGCAUGGUCUGAUCAAUAUUAUAUUGGAUUAAAUGGUUUAGAAUUAUAUGAUGAAAAUCUUAAACAAAUACAACUUACUGAGAAUAAUAUAUCAGCUCAUCCAGUUUGUGUCAAUGUAUUAGAUAAUAUGGAGAAUGAUGUUCGAACACCAGAUAAAUUAAUUAAUGGUAUUAAUGAUACUAAUGAUGGUAAAAAUACCUGGUUAGCACCAAUAUUACCUGGACUGUUAAAUAGAGUGUAUGUGAUAUUUGAUCAACCAACUACUGUAUCUAUGAUAAAGAUAUGGAAUUAUAGUAAAACACCCACCAGAGGAGUCAAAGAUUUUGCUUUAUUAGUAGAUGAUUUAUUAGUAUAUAAUGGUACAUUAGAAUCAGUAACUCCAGGUGCACGUGGUAUCAUACCAACAUGCUCAAUACCACAAAAAUAUCAUACAGUACUAUUUACACAGAAUCCUGAUUUAGUACGCAAAGAAAAACAUACUAUUAUCAAUAACCAAGCAGGAGAACAAGAUGUCCAACUAUUAAAUGAUAAGAAAAUUAUAACUAAAUAUACUGACCCUAAAAAAGCACAAUCUGGUAAACCUGUAAAUCAAGGUUUGUAA